AAUCUUGUUUUGUCGUGAGGUUCUGAGCCUUAUCUGUUUAGCCUCUAUAACAAUUAUGUCUGGCCGCGGAAAGCAGGGAGGUAAAGCCCGUGCGAAGGCCAAGUCGCGCUCGUCCCGCGCCGGCCUUCAGUUCCCGGUGGGGCGAGUGCACCGCUUGCUGCGCAAAGGCAACUACGCCGAGCGGGUGGGGGCUGGCGCGCCCGUCUAUAUGGCGGCGGUCCUCGAGUACUUGACCGCGGAAAUUCUGGAGCUGGCGGGGAACGCGGCCCGAGACAACAAGAAGACGCGUAUCAUCCCCCGUCACCUCCAGCUGGCCAUCCGCAACGACGAGGAGCUGAACAAGCUGCUGGGCAAGGUCACCAUCGCCCAGGGCGGCGUUUUGCCUAACAUCCAGGCCGUUCUGUUACCAAAGAAAACUGAAAGCCACAAAGCCAAAAGCAAAUAAACCCAGACAAACUAAACCAAAGACCAAAGGCUCUUUUUAGAGCCACCCAAA